GGAAUAUCCUGCCUCCUCUAACAAGAUACACUUCUGGGUUUAUCAAAUUUAGGCACCCGUGAUUCAGUUCCCACCCUUUAAGUCAACAAGCAGCUGUAUUUAUUUGGCACGCGAGGUUUGGUGGGACAUCACUUUUACUGAAGAGUCAUUGAAGCAAUCACCUCAAGGAAUUCAUAGAGGAAACAUGUCUUCCUUGGUGGGUGUAGUCCUGCUGGUCUUGGCUGGGCUGACCCCCUCGCAGGCCUUUGUUCCCAUUGGGGGUGGGACCUCCACCCAUGUCAGUAUUACAGGAAGUGCUCUGCUGCAGAAAGUGACAGAUACAUGCCGGGCUGUCGCUGAGGAGGCUGGCCAUGAAUUCAACCCCACGGGUUCCUCUCCAGAGGAACUGGUCAAAGCUUGUCUGGGCCCAACAGCAAAGGGGGAGGUGUCUGGCGCUAAGUUCCACUCAGCUCUUCAAGAAAUCUACACUCAGAACGGACUGGUAGAUCGGAAUUUUGUCAACAGCGCCCCACAUCACUUCAAUUCUGAAGCCUUCUCUGAAGGGCGUAGCCUCAUCACGCAAGGAAUGGUGGCAAUCAAGGCAAACAUCCGAGAGGAGAACUUUAAAGCUGCCAGGGAAACACUGGGGAGAAUCCUUCACACUCUGCAGGAUUUCUACAGCCACAGUAACUGGGUGGAGUUGGGCUACACGGAACCAUACAUCAAUCUCAUACAUCCAAGUCUUCCCUUGGAAAACCUGGCAGAUGUGAACACUGCCACCUGCAAUGACUGUAGCAGUGGAACAUGCCCCAAUCCAGUCCUCCCCAACAUCCUGAAGGAGAAGAAACUCACGUCGGGGUACAUGGGAAUCCACUCCUCUGCAAAGCCUAACGGCAAAUGCAGCCAUGGAGGUCCGACGGAUAUGACCAGCAGUGUAAUUCCACGGGGCGGCAUCAGCAAAGACGAGCGUCGGUCAGACAACAGCAACCUCCAUGAUGCAGCUGUGAAAGCAGCCACAGCUGCCAGCAGUCAGCUGCUUGAAGACAUCCGCCUGGCAGUUGGGGACAGUGACUUUUUGAGAAUGAUGGGGAUUGCUCGUGCGUCUGUCUUGUGUUUUGUUAUCGACACCACCGGCAGCAUGUCCGACGACAUCGAUGAAGCCCGAUCUGUUGUUUACAAAAUCAUUGACAGCAAAAAAGGAACACAAGACGAGCCUUCGGAGUACAUCCUUGUGCCCUUCAAUGACCCAAGUUUUGGACCUAUGAUCAGAACCACAGACCCAGAGAAGAUGAAAGCUGAAAUCUCUAAAUUGACAGCAACAGGUGGUGGAGACAUCCCAGAGAUGUGCCUGUCAGGACUUCAGUUGGCCCUUACUGGCGCACCUUCAUCCUCUCAAAUCUAUGUCUUCACUGAUGCUACAGCCAAAGACAUUGCUCUAAAGGACACCAUUGUUGCCCUCAUCAGAAGCACCAAGUCAACAGUGUCAUUCUUUAUGACUGGAACCAGCAGUAGGCGCCGUCGUUCUCUUAGAGCUGCUAGCUUUGAAGAUUACAAGGACUUAGCUUUGGCAUCUGGAGGUCAGGCCAUUCAGGUGUCAAAGGCGCAGCUUCCUCAGGCCACAGACAUCAUUCUUGACACCUCAACUUCUGCCUUGGUAACAGUUCUUCAGCGUGCAAGAACUGCAGGAACAGAGGAGACAUUCCCUUUUACCCUGGAUGAGUCACUGCAGAACGUCACUAUUUACAUCACAGGAACAUCCGUUACUUUUACACUAACCAACCCUGCCGGUCUGAAUCAGAAUCAAGGUGUGGUCAGUGGGGAACUUGGGACCAUACAAACUGUUGGAAAUCUGUGGAGAAUUCAUCUUAAUCCUGAUAAGCAGGCGGGAAAGUGGAUGAUCAAUAUCAAAUCCACUCAGGCUUUCACACUGAAAGUCACAGGUCAGAGCACAGUUACCUUCAUCUAUGACUUUGUGGAAAGCUUCUCAGGACCUCAUCCGGGGUAUGCACCUCUCAGCGGGCGUCCACCAGCAGGACAACCUGCCACAAUGAUGCUGUCAGUAAUUGGUAGAAGCGGUCCAUCCUCGGUGACUGUGAAAGAAGUUGGCCUUGUAUUGGUGUCUGGCCCCGAGUCAACCACCAACAGCAUAAUUGAGGACAUGGGCAGUGGGGAGAUCCUGGUGACUGUUGAUGCAGUCCCGGAGGGGGAGUUUGUGAUUAUUCUCAAAGGAACAGACAAAGUUUCAAACAGUGAUUUCCAGAGACAGUCCACCACACAAAUGUCUGUCUCCAACGUUCUAAUCCAGGCUGUGGUGGACAGCAGUGUGGAGCCAGGAAAAGAUUUCACGCUCCCCUUUAGUGUUACAACUCAAGGUGCUGGUGGUCUGUAUACCAUAAAUGCCAAAAAUGACAGAAACUUUCCAAUGACCUUCCCAAACAGCCUGACUCUAGCAACUGGACAAUAUACCAAUGCUACGCUGACUGUUCAGCCACCUGCCGACACAGAGUCAGGCACUGAUAUAACUCUGACUAUUGAUGCCAAGUCUUCCAGUGGAGCUGACUCCAAUUAUGUGGUUCUGAGAUUGUCUGUCGUCACAAAGAUUACAGACUUUUCCCCUCCACAAUGUGAAAACAUUAAAGUUGCAGCUCAUAACUGCCCAGAUAAUGUGUACAUGUGUGGGCCUUUCCGCUGGGAGCUCUCAGCUAACAUCACUGAUGACAAUGGCACAGGAAUUGAAAGCAUUUCCCUGCGUCAGGGUAAUGGAAACUUCUCACACACCGUGCUGCCUGACCCCGUUGUCCAAGUAGUCUACAGCGCCUCCUGCUGCUCGCAGACUGUAGAGAUUGUGGCUGUAGAUAAAGUUGGAAAUGUAGGCAGGUGCUACCAUUCUAUAGCUCGCUCAGGUAGCCCUCCUGCCCUACAUCUGUCACUGCUGCUGUGGCUUGGCCUGCUGGUCUCAGUCUUCUCAGUGAAACCUUGACAGGAACUGGACUAACUGUUUUUUUUUUCUGGUACAGAUAUUCUGUGGUAUUGACUAAAUAAAGUUUAUUACAAAUUUUAGAGGUGGAGUUAUGUAAAUGUGCUUCCUCCCACUCUGUUUCAAGCAAUUAAACUCUAUUUGACAAAUGUGUGUGUGUCAUGUACGGUAUAUAUAAGUGCAUGUAUUUCUGUUUAUGAUUAAGAGUAAUUAAACUGGCAUCAUUUACAAGUGUAUGUGUAAAUGUGGUUAUGAAUGUGUGUAAAACACAUGUAUGUAUGGACGUGUGGAUGUAUAAAUAUAUGUGAGUAUU